AUGGGUCUCAAUCAAAUAAUACUACUGCAAUAUUCAUUAUUCUGUUCAGAACCUCACUGUCUUGUCAAUCGGGAAGUGAAGAGAGUACGAUCCGAAUUUCGUGAUGGACGAUUUCAAUGGCUGUGUCUCGAGACAGGACGAUGGGUUAUCGGUUGCUACUAUGCUAACGAAACCCACCCUGAUGCUUAUCUAAAAAUCGGAGAACAUGGCUUCAAUGGGCUUAUUAAACACGUCUGCGAUCGCUAUGCGGACUAUCCAGGGCGCGUGCAGUAUUAUGCAGAGGUGCGAAAAGAUGUCCAUGUCAAACAUCCAACAAACAAAGGAAUCAAUAAAAAUUUUCCAGAACCAGCAGAUCUGAGGAUACAGGACAAGGUACGUAAGGUCUACAAGCUUCAACAACUGAGGUUGGGGAGUCACAAGUAAAA